UAUGGCAUCUAUCAAUUAUUUAACCUUAAGACCAGAAUAAGCUUAUAAAAUUUAUGAUGGUACAUUAAAUCCAUGAAUAAAUUUAGAUUACGUUAAAGAAGGAAAGAAUAAUGAUGCUUUAUUGAUUCUAUUUCGAUAUUUAUCAAGUUUUGGGUAACGAACCAGAAAAACUACAAAUUCCUAUUAAGAUUAAGGAGAUGUGAGUGUGGCAAGCAAUAUAUAAUAUCUUUAUAAAUUGAUGGUAAAUUUAUUAAAGAAUUCUUCAGCAAGCUUAUAUUGAUUUAAGAUUAUUUGUUGGAGUCAAUUAACCUGAUGAAUAGAAUUAAUUAAAGGAAGUGUUUAAAGCUUAUAGACAAAUGACAUAACACAAUCACUUGGAUGCUUUUUCUGACAUUUUGAAAGAAUAUUUAAUUAAAGUAGAGAAGAUUUUUAGUGACAAAGUUAAAUAAUAUGAUGUAGAAGAAGUAUUAAAUAUUUUAAUACUUUUAGCUUAAAAAAUUACCAUUUGUUGGACAAUUAUCAUAUGAAGAGCCUGCUGAGGAAUUAUUAUAUCUAUCAUUUGAUCCUGAAGCUAAGUAAUAGAAAGAUCAAUAAAAAUCAUGUUUAAGAUUAUUGUGGGAAACAUAUAGAACAGUUAUGGAGAAUGUUAAAUGGAAUGAGAAAUUAGAAGAUGUUUAUUUUGAAAUUUUAAAGAAAGUGAGUGAAUUUUGUUUGAAAUAUAAACGUAAAGCUGAAUUUUAAUGGUUUUGUGAUUAAACAAAUAGGUUAUUUAUAAAUUUAAUGUAGAUUUGUAUUAGAUUUAAAUGAAAGAGAAUUAGAUAUCAAACGAAAUCCAACUCAUGUAGAUUUAACAAAACCAGCUACAAAUGAUAAACAUGUGAAUGCUAUUUUUGAUAUUGUUAAAACAGCUAUGGCUUUAGAUAUGCAAUCAGAAGCUUCAAAAACUUUAGAAACUGUUAAAGUACUUAAGUCAAUGAGAAGAGGUAAUUUCAAAGCUUCAUAUUUAAUGCUCUAUUAUGAUUUACUAUCUUAAAUAUUUUAGAAAUCUGGUAAUAGUUUAUUUUAAGCUUUUGCUUAUUAUAAUCAUUAUUUGGCAUUUAAAAAGAAACCAGUUUAAACAUAAGAAGAAAUUAAAAGUAAGAAUGCUGAAAUUAAUCAAAAAUUAUCUCAUUUAGUGUUGUCUGUUUUAGUUAUACCUUUAUUAUCUGCUGAUUACAAUUAAAGAGAUAAAACAACAUCAUUAUUUGAAAAAGGAACUAAAAUACCUACAAGAGAUGAUUUAUUAAAAAUUUUAGGAGAGAUGAAUGCUGUCAAAUUUGUUUAACCAAUAAUUUAAAAGGUUUAUUUAUUAUUGGAAAAUCAAUAAGAUUUAUUAACAGUUUCAGAUUAAGCAAAUUAAGUAUUUAAUGAAUUGAGAUAAAAUGAAAAAUAUUAAUUAUUUAUUCCUUUACUUGAAGAAAAUCUUGUUGGAUAAGUAUUAAAGAGUAUCUCUAGAAUAUAUAGAACUAUUAAAUUAGAUCAAUUAAAAGACUUAUUGAAAUUUACAAAUUCAGAAACAAUAUUCUAAACUCUUAUAUAUUCUAAUUCAAAUAAAUUUAUAAGUUGCAAAGUUGAUUUCUAAUCAUAAAUUGUAUCAUUCAAUUCAAAUCAAAUAUCUAAUGAUCAAUAAAUAUUGCCAACAAUAUUAUUAAACUUGUAACCUUAAAGAGCAAUUCAAGAUCCAAUUGAAUAAGCAAAAAAACAACUUGAUUCUUCCAAUCUUGUUAUUUUAACUAGAUAAUAGACUUUAAAAAAUUUGAAUAGAUUAGCAGAUCCUGAUCUUAUUAAAAAGAAAGUAGAGGAGGAUAAUCAAAAAGUUAUAUAGGAAAUGAAGGAGUAAAGAAGAUAAGAUGAGGAAAGAAAGAAAUUUGAAUAAGAAAGAAUAGCUGAGAUGGAAGCAAAGAAGGCUAAAGAAUUAGCAAUUAGAUAAAAGCUAUUAUAAGAUAUAAUUAAAUUAAAAGGAGGUAAAUAUGUUACAUUUGAAAUCAAUGGAGAAAGAAAAAAGAUUGAAUUAUUAAAGGAUUAUCAUUUGUUAAAUAUAGAUACAGGAAUAUUAUAGGAUAUCAAAAAGAAAUUUGAAGAAGAAGCAAAGAAAGGAGCUGAUGACAAAUAUUUAAGAACCUAUAAAAAGAAUGAUUAUAUUGAAAGAGAAAGAGCUAUUAUGGAAUCAAAGAUUAUAACUAGUUGGCCUGAAGAUAAUAUUGAAGAAGCAUAAAAAAAACAUGAAUAAUAAUAUUAAGCAAAUCUAAAAUUAAAAGAAAGCUUAACUGAUGCAUUUAAAUAUCAUGAUGAAAUUAUGACUGGUAAAAGAUAAUAGAAGGAAAAUGAACUUUAAGAAAAGAUUGAAUAAUUUAAAUCAGAAUUAACUUAGAAAUACAAAAAAAUAAUAGUAGACAGAGCAUAUUAAUUAUUAAAAUAAGAUGAGGAAAAAAAAUUAAGAGAGGAGGAAGCAAGAAAGAAAGAAUAAGAAGAAAAGGAAAAAAAAUUAAAAGCACAAUAAGCUGAAAAAUAACCAGUUUUUGAAAAUAAAUUUGCAAGAAGUUCUCAAACAUCAUAAUAAUAAUCAUCAUAAUAAUAACCUAUAUAAUAAGUAACUUAAUAAUCAUAACCAUAAACAUAAACAUAAAUUGAAAGAAACUUUGGUGGAUUUAGUAACUCUAAACCUUAAAAUGAAGUAUAAUAGAGCAAACCUGUUUAGCAAUUUUCAAGAAGCACUGCAUCAUCUGGAUAAUAAUAACCACAAGAACAACCCUAAUAAUAAUAAUAACCAUACUAAUAGCAAAGACAAACUUAGUAGUAGACCAAUCAAGCAUAAAAAUUUUAGAGAAAUAAAUGAU